AUGGUCGCUAGGGAGAACUUCUUAGCCCAGGAAGAUCCAACUGGUGACAACGCCGAGUCGCUGAUUAAGAAGCAUGAAGAUUUCGACAAGGCGAUCAACAGUCAGCAGGAGAAGAUUGCUGGAUUGCAGCAAUUCGCCAAUCAGCUCAUCAACAGCAAUCAUUACGACAAAGAUGCCGUAGCUCGUAAGCGCGACAUGAUUCUGGAUAGAUGGGAGCGUCUGAAGUCUGCUCUCAUUGAAAAGAAGCACAGCUGGAGAACAGCCCGACAUUGCAGAGCAAUCAGCUCGUGA